CCCCUAAUCUGACUCUGGAAAGGAGGAAAUGUAUCUUUAAAAAUAUGGCUUGAAAGAGCACAACAAAGAACAUUGGGAGGGAGAAGUUUCUUUUAGUUUUCUCCAGAUUGAACUUGUUUCUUUCUCUCAUGUAUCUAAUUUAGCACCUUACGCUGAAGAAGUGUGAAGUGGAUCUGAUGAUUUUAAAUGACUCAAUUAUAUGCUUCUAUAGGUAGCUUCUGACUUCUUCAGAACUGAGAAGUGGUUAAUGUUUCUCCUAGGGACCAUUUUCUCCAAUAUAAAUCGCUUUGCAAAAUCUCCUGAAUGCAUUUUAGAUCCUUAUGUUUUACUUCCUGUAGUUAUAGAUUUCUUCCCAAUGGUGGCUUCCCUCCUUGGAGAUGCCCAACAUUUGGGUAAGAUAUUUUAUUGCCAUAUCAUGGUCUUGGUUUCUUCUCUGAUCCAACGAUUUGCAUCACCUUGUAGUACAGGCAGCAAUCUAUUCUUGGACAUUUCUAUCUGCAUUGGUUAGGUUUCUUAACAUAUACCUUUCAUUCUUUUUCCUAAUUAAAUUACAGCAAAAAAAAAAAAAAAAUUGGUAUGUUACAGAACAAAAGCAUCAAUUUUUAGCAAGCCUUGAGUUAGUUUUACAUUUCAGUAAGGUAGACCAAGAAAGGAACAGAAAGGAUAUCUAGCUUUUUAAGAAUAGCUUAACAUUUAGCAAGGGGUAUGUGCAUCUGUGUCUGUCUGAGAGAGAAAAAAAUUUGAGGGUGAGGGUGAGGCAGCCAUUCCUAGGUCCACUUCAACUACAACCAGUGAACCAAAUCAGUGUACGGUUUUACAAGACGUCCAGAUAGCUCAUUUUAGAAUAAAAGUAAAUAAAAUUUAAAAUAUUGGAUGGCUGAGACUUAGAAUAUAAAUGAUUGUAAUCCAGCAUAGCAGGUUCUGCUGUCUCCCAAAGAAGUUUGGGAUCAAGAUGACAAAUAUCCUAAAAAUCAACAUGCAUUUAGGAACACUCAAGGGUGGAUUGCCCCCGGUUCGGACCGGUUCACAAGAACCGGUAGUAAAACCGGCUGGAGGCCCCGCCCACUGCCCCGGAUGUCAUCAUCAGUGAUCUGCGCAUGCGCAGAAGCUAAGCUCGUGCACAUGCGAUGCAAGCACGCACGCACGAUCCCGUUGCGAACUGGUAGUAAAGGUAAGUAGAACCCAUCCCUGGGAAGACUACAUUUAAAAACUAUGGAAGAGCUAAAUUAAACUUAGUCCUCAAAUUGGGUAGGAAGAAACGUACAUUGAACAAAAAUAUAUGGACUGAAGUAUUGAAUUUGUCAGUGCAAAUCAGGAACAUUUUAUUUUUCUUUAUUUAUUACAAACUUUGCCAAAUUCUGAAAGCUCCACUAACAGAGAAGGAAAGAAUCUGAGAUUAAAAGAGGAAGAAUGAAACAGGAAGAAUGAAACAGGGAGGUGCCUCCAUUUCUAUCAAAAGUUUAUUAUGUUGUUUAUAGCAACACCUUGCUGCUGACAUAACAUUAUUUGUGUUUAUCACACAGGUCUCAAGUUGAAAGGUUUUUAGGCAAAGAGUUUGUCUUGGUUUCUUUCCUUUUUUUUCUUUUCUUUUUUCUUUUUCUCUUUGCAAUUUAUGACUAGCAGGCAGUGUUCUUUUUAGUCCAGUUUGGUGCAGUUUUAAGCCACAUGUCUAGAAAACCCAUGUCAUCCCAGUAUUUCAUUUGCUGCUCUGUUAUGCUGGAAGAAGCUUCAGACUUCUCUGAAACACCCAGAACCAAGAAAAAGAGACUGGAUAAAGGAGGAAGACUAGGACAAUAAAUAGGAGAAGGAAAGGUUUCUGGGAAGGCUUUGAGGAAGAACUAAGCAGCAAGAACCUUCCUCAUUUCUGUUUUCUUCCAAGCUUGGUUGGUUUCUUUUCUCUUUAACCAAAACUUAUGAAUAUGAAAGAUGGCAUCCAUGUUUCGGAGUGAAGAGAUGUGUCUGAGGCAACUUUUUCUUCAGGUGGAGUCUGCGUAUUGCUGUGUUGCAGAACUUGGAGAGCUGGGUUUGGUCCAGUUCAGAGAUUUGAAUGCAAACGUGAACAACUUUCAAAGAAGGUUUGUGAAUGAAGUUAGAAGAUGUGAAUCCUUAGAAAGGGUCCUUCGUUUUCUGGAAAGUGAGAUGGGAGAGGAGAUCCUGCCUGUCAUAUAUGGGAAAUAUCCAGACACUCCACCACCACGAGAAAUGAUUGACUUAGAGGCUGUCUUGGAGAAACUGGAAGGUGAGUUGGAAGAAGCCAACCAGAACCUGCAGGCAUUGAAGCAGAACUUUCUAGAACUCACUGAACUUAAACAUCUCCUGAAGAAAACCCAAGACUUCUUUGAGACUGAGACUAAUUUGCCUGAUGAUUUCUUCAAUGAAGAUACUUCAGGACUAUUGGAAUUAAGAAGCACUCCUGCAGCAGUGGCUGCGAAACUGGGAUUCAUAGCUGGUGUGAUUAAAAGAGAGAGGCUGGUGACUUUUGAACGUUUGCUGUGGAGAGCCUGCAGGGGAAACAUCUACCUGAAGUUCAGUGAAAUGGAUACACCCUUGGAAGAUCCUGUCACUAAAGAAGAGAUGAAAAAGAAUGUAUUCAUCAUCUUCUAUCAAGGGGAACAGCUGAGACAGAAAAUCAAGAAGAUUUGUGAAGGGUUCCGUGCCACUGUAUAUCCCUGUCCCGAAUCAGCUGGAGAACGCCGAGAAAUGGCUGCUGGCGUGAACACAAGGAUUGAAGAUCUCAACACAGUGAUCAUCCAAACUGAGUCCCAUCGACAGGGGCUAUUGAAGGAGGCAUCUGCGAACCUGUGGGCCUGGGGAAUCAAAGUGAAGAAAAUGAAAGCCAUCUACCACAUCUUGAAUUCUUGCAACAUUGAUGUCACUCAACAGUGUGUCAUUGCAGAGAUCUGGUUCCCUGUGAUAGAUACCCCCAGGAUAAAAACAGCACUAAAUCAAGGAAUGGAACGAAGCGGUUCUACAAUCAACCCCAUCCUGACUGCUAUACAGACCAAGUUGGAACCUCCUACCUUUAACCGGACCAAUAAAUUCACUGCUGGAUUCCAGGCCAUUGUAGAUGCUUAUGGUGUUGGGAAUUAUAGGGAGAUUAACCCAGCUCCCUUCACUAUCAUUACCUUCCCUUUUUUGUUUGCGGUGAUGUUUGGUGAUUGUGGUCAUGGUACAGUCAUGCUGGCCUUUGCACUGUGGAUGAUCAGCAAUGAAAAGGUUUUUUUGGCUCAGAAAAAUGACAGUGAGAUCUGGAACAUCUUUUUCGGUGGACGCUACUUGAUCCUUCUCAUGAGUAUCUUCUCCAUUUACACUGGCUUUAUUUACAACGAUUGCUUCUCCAAAUCGUUCAACAUAUUUGGAUCUUCCUGGCGUGUCCGCCCCAUGUACAACAAUGGUGGAUGGACGGACGAAAUUGUUCAUGAGAGUGGUGUUCUACAGUUAGAUCCAAGUACAAAAGGUGUAUAUUCUGGAAACCCUUAUCCUUUUGGAAUUGAUCCGAUUUGGAAUAUUGCCAUCAAUAAACUGACUUUCUUGAACUCAUACAAAAUGAAAAUGUCUAUCAUCAUGGGAAUCGUACACAUGGUUUUUGGGGUGGUACUUAGUCUCUUCAAUCAUAUUUACUUCAAGCAAACAACCAACAUUGUCCUGCAGUUCAUUCCAGAGAUGAUCUUCAUAAUCUCCCUAUUUGGUUACCUGGUCUUCAUGAUUAUUUUCAAGUGGUGCCGAUUUAAUGUGUAUAAUGUCCAGGAUGCUCCAAGCAUCCUCAUUCACUUCAUCAAUAUGUUUAUGUUUAGCUACAACGAUGCAACAAAUCCUCCUUUAUAUGAGCAUCAGCAAGAAGUUCAAACUUUCCUGGUCAUUUUCGCCUUGAUUGCCAUACCUUGGAUGCUUCUGAUUCAGCCUUUUAUUAUUCGAGCCAAGCAUCAGAAAGCUCAGAAUAGGUUGGCUUCAUCAAGUCUGUCAGAAAGUCCUACUGGUGAUAUCGAAGUAAAGAUCAUGGACUCCAAGCAUUCUGAGAAAACAAAUCAAGAAGUUGAUAGCGGUGGAGGCCAUGGAGGCCAUGAACAUGAAGAAUUCAACUUUGGAGACAUCUGCGUGCACCAGGCGAUCCACACCAUUGAAUAUUGCUUGGGUUGCAUUUCCAAUACAGCUUCCUAUCUCCGGCUUUGGGCACUUAGCCUGGCCCAUGCACAGCUCUCAGAGGUUCUUUGGCAGUUGCUGUUUUCAAUAGGCUUUAAAAUGACUGGCUGGCUAGGACUCAUUGGGAUUUUUGUCCUCUUUGCCGUAUUUGCUGCUUUGACAAUAGCAAUUCUACUCAUUAUGGAAGGUCUUUCUGCCUUUCUACAUGCACUCAGGCUUCACUGGGUGGAAUUCCAGAACAAAUUCUAUUCUGGUUCUGGCUCUGUUUUUUCACCAUUCUCCUUCAAGACCAUAAUAGAAAGAAAGGAAGAAUAGACUCCUGUUAAUGAUGCUGAAAUCUGAAACUUCUGAGAUUUCUGCUAUUCUUUUUCUUGGUGAGCAUUUCCUGGAGAAUUAAGAGCCAGAAGGGAUACAGAACUUCCCCACUAGGACUUCAGAACCAAAUGUGUUGUCAGGGACAAACAUAAUAAAAACUCUACCUAUUCUC